AUGAGGCCAAAGAAGGACACUAACCUCACAGAGGGCUGGUAUCGCUUCACUGGCAUUGGUGGAGAUGUCCUGUCCUAUUACUGUAGUAGUGGAUUCCUUAGCCUUUGUAGUAAUCCUGACUAUUCUAGCAUUCUGGAAAGUCAAGUGUACACCCUUGAUUUGUGCUCUGGGGGUUGCACACGUACAGGAGAAAUUGUGAAUUUGCUGUUCUGCCCAGGAGGAUUCUAUUUGUACAAACUCUUCCCCACAGACAAAACCUUCAUAACUGCUCAUAAGACAUGUGGAAUAUCAUCCUGUGGAACUAAUGCUUACUGCUACAGUGGUGACGGUUAUGGUCAUUGUCAGUGUCUCCCUGGAUACUCAGUACCAUCUGGCCAUGUCCCAACUGGGGACUCAUUUGGAUGUGAAGGAACUUGCCCAUCAUAUUCUAAUCUGUCUGAUCCAUGGCGUAAUAUUGGCUUCAAAUCAACAACCUUUCCUGGAUGGCCAAAGACAGACAGAUACUUAAGUUCCAGAUGGUAUCGCUUCGUUGGUAUUGGAGGAGAUGUGCUGUAUGACAACUGUACCAGCGCUGUUAUUGGUGGAGGCACAUCACAUCCCAUUGUAUCAUGUGGUCAAGACAGUACAUAUUAUUGGGGGAUUCAAUUCAAUGAUAUAACACUCUGUUACCAGUCCUCAGGAAGGUGCUCAACAACUAUACAAAUCAAGAGACUCCUUUGUCCUGGAGGAUUCUACUUGUAUCAACAUUACACAUAUGACACAUCAUUCAGUUAUGUCACUCGACACCAGACGUGUGGACCGUCCUCCUGUGGUCCUAAUGCCCUGUGCGUUGGUGACGGACGCUGUGAGUGCAAACCUGGAUAUGAGAUACCUGACGGCUACCUACCGACUGGAGACUCCCAUCAGUGUGGAGUUGGACUACGACUAGUUGGAGGUAACACAAACUGUUCUGGACGAGUUGAGGUCCUCCACAAUGGCACUUGGGGCACCGUAUGUGACGACAGCUGGGACUUGAACGAUUCCACGGUGGUGUGUAGAGUGAUGGGCUGCGGUCCUGCUCUCCAGGCUUCUCAAGGGGCCAUAUUUGGACAGGGAAGUGGCCAGAUCUGGAUGGACGAUGUCCGUUGUGUCGGAAACGAGACUUUCCUGACCCAGUGUCCUCAUGUAGGGUUUGGAAAUCAUAAUUGUGGACAUACGAAGGAUGCAGGAGUGGUGUGUGCAGAGAUUUGCUCAACCUACACAAAUCUGUCUGAGCCAUGGCGAAACUACAACUUUCUCUCUUGGCGGCCGAAGACGGACACUAACCUCACAGAGGGCUGGUAUCGGUUCACUGGCAUCGGUGGAGAUGUCCUGUCCUUUUACUGUCGUAGCGAUGGCAGAACCCUUAGCCUUUGUAGUAAACCUGACUAUUCUAGCAUUCUGGAAGGUCAAGUCAACACCCUCGAUUUGUGUGUCUAUUCUGGGGGCUGCACACAUUCAGGAGAAACUGUGGAUGUGCUGUUCUGCCCGGGAGGAUUCUAUCUAUAUAAACUCUUCCCCACUGACAAAACCUUCAUAACUGCUCAUAAGACAUGUGGAAUAUCAUCCUGUGGAACUAAUGCUUACUGCUACAGUGGUGACGGUUAUGGUCAUUGUCAGUGUCUCCCUGGAUACUCAGUACCAUUUGGCCAUGUCCCAACUGGGGACUCAUUUGGAUGUGAAGGAACUUGCCCAUUAUAUACCAAUCUGUCUGAUCCAUGGCGUAAUAUUGGCUUCAAAUCAACAACCUUUCUUGGAUGGCCAAAGAGUGACAAAUACUUACAACGUCAUGGGUGGUAUCGCUUCGUCGGUAUUGGGGGAGAUGUGCUGUAUGACAACUGUACCAGUGCUGUUAUUGGUGGAGGCACAUCACAUCCCCUUGUAUCAUGUGGUGAAGACAGAACAUACUAUUGGGGAAACCGAUACAGUGAUAUAACGCUCUGUUACCAGUCCUCAGGAGGGUGCUCAACAGCUGGACGAAUCAACAGACUCCUUUGUCCUGAAGGAUUCUACUUGUAUCAACAUGACUCAUAUGACACAUCAUUCAGUUAUGUCACUCGGCACCAGACGUGUGGACCGUCCUCCUGUGGUCCUAAUGCCUUGUGUGUUGGUGACGGACGCUGUGAGUGCAAACCUGGAUAUGAGAUACCUGACGGCUACCUACCGACUGGAGACUCCCAUCAGUGUGGAGUUGGACUACGAUUAGUUGGAGGUAACACAAACUGUACUGGACGAGUUGAGGUCCUCCACAAUGGCACUUGGGGCACCGUAUGUGACGACGGCUGGGACUUGAACGAUUCCACGGUGGUAUGUAGAGUGAUGGGCUGCGGUCCUGCUCUCCAGGCUCCUCAUGGGGCCAUAUUUGGACAGGGAAGUGGCAAGAUCUGGAUGGACAAUGUCAGUUGUGUCGGAAACGAGACUUUCCUGACCCAGUGUCCUCAUGGAGGGUUUGGAAAUCAUAGCUGUGGACAUGCAGGAGUGGUGUGUGCAGAGAUUUGUUCAACCUACACAAACCUGUCUGAGCCAUGGAGGAACUAUAACUUUAUAAGUCGAAAGCCAAAAACGGACACUGACCUCACAGAGGGCUGGUAUCGCUUCACUGGCAUUGGUGGAGAUGUCCUGUCCUUUUCCUGUUCCGGCAGUUACGGACUCCUUAGCCUUUGUAGUAAUCCUGACUAUUCUAGCAUUCCGGAAGGUCAAGUCUAUACCGUCAAUUUGUGCUCAAGUUGCACACGUACAGGAGAAACUGUGGAUGUGCUGUUCUGCCCGGGAGGAUUCUAUCUGUUCAAACUCUUCCCCACAGACAAAUCCUUCAUAACCGCUCAUAAGACAUGUGAGAUGUCAUCCUGUGGAACUAAUGCUUCCUGCUACAGUGGUAGUGGUUAUGGCUAUUGCACCUGCAUCCCUGGAUACUCAGUACCAUCUGGCCAUGUCCCAACUGGGGACUCAUUUGGAUGUGAAGGAACUUGCCCAUCAUAUACCAAUCUGUCUGAUCCAUGGCGUAAUAUUGGCUUCAAAUCAACAACCUUUCUUGGAUGGCCAAAGAGUGACAAAUACUUACAACGUAAUGGAUGGUAUCGCUUCGUCGGUAUUGGAGGAGAUGUGCUGUAUGACAACUGUACCAGUGCUGUUAUUGGUGGAGGCACAUCACAUCCCCUUGUAUCAUGUGGUGAAGACAGAACAUACUAUUGGGGAAACCUAUACAAUGAUAUAACACUCUGUUACCAGUCCUCUGGCAGGUGCUCAACAAAUGGACGAAUCAACAGACUUCUUUGUCCUGGAGGAUUCUACUUGUAUCAACAUUACACAUAUUACACAUCAUUCAGUUAUGUCACCCGACACCAGACGUGUGGACCGUCCUCCUGUGGUCCUAAUGCCCUGUGUGUUGAUGACGGACGCUGUGAGUGCAAACCUGGAUAUGAGAUACCUGACGGCUACCUACCGACUGGAGACUCCUAUCAGUGUGGAGUGUCACAGGUUGAAGCGUGUGGCACAUUAGCUCAGGUAUGUCCUGUGUCAUCCAUAUGUGUCCGCACCGAAGAGGGAUUUUACUGUGAAUGCCAAAACGGUACCAUACCCAGUAUCACUGCAGGCAAAACAUUGGUUUGCAAAGAUCUUCACAGCAGUGAGGGAACGUCGCCUGAGGCUCAAUUUAACAAUCUGAACAGUGUUGUCAAGAAUUUGACGGAUGAUGUUGUUUUAGAGCCAUACGUUGUGUCGUCCUUACUGGAGAGAUUACAAGAUGCCCUUACUGAGGUGCCACAGGAUACCAGUGGAAAGAAGCUGGUGGUCUUGGGUGAUGCCAUGCUGCAGUCCACCGAAAAGCUGGUGGGGGCCCUGGUGGAGCCCACGACCACAAAUGCCAGCAAAACCCUGAUGACCAAAACUAUGGAAGUACAAACCUUUACCAUCGGAAAGGACUAUAAGAGCAAUAUGAGUGCCAAUGUUGAAAAUAAGAAUAACUCUUUGGAUUUAGACCUUGUUGGUAUUGCAAGGAACAACAAUGGAUCUGCCGCUGUGGCCUUCACAAACUUCAAGAACUUGAGUUCAGUUCUGACAGCAGACCUCUUCUACACUGUCAAUGAUACAAAGAAGACCAUGAUGUCGGCAGUUCUGAGUGCCUCCCUACCAAAAACCCCACACAAAGUCCUGCCAAGUCCAGCCAACAUCACAAUUAAACACAUCCAGAGUCUGGACCCUCAGGGUGUGCUCUCCUGUGUGUACUGGAAUGGCAGCGCCUGGGCGGUAGACGGCUGUGAUGUCACCCAGACCAACGCCACCCACACCGUCUGCACCUGUGUGCAUUUCUCCACCUUCGCUCUGAUCAUGCAGGUGCAGGUGCAGGCGCAGCGACCUCCGGAGGAGAAGGCGGAGACAAAACAGAUGAUGGUGUUACUGAAUAAGAUCGUUGUUCCUAUUGGGUUGGGGUUCUUGACCCUGGCCGUGAUGGCCUUUGCCCUCUGUCGAUGGAAACCCCAAGUGAACAACACGACUCGUCUGAACCUCUGCAUCAGUCUGCUGCUCGCUCACCUCCUCUUCCUGCUCGUCCAGGAGUUCAUCCACCUCAUCCACCCUCACAAGGUCGUGUGCACGGUGCUCUCAGGAGUCCUUCACUACCUCUUCCUGAGCAGUUUCACGUGGAUGCUCCUGGAGACCAUCUGGCUUUUCCACGCUGUCCUCAGGCUCAAAGACAUCAGAUCUCCACGGGGGAUGGGACCUCACUGGGGAUACCAGUGCCUGAUUGGUUAUGGAGGUCCCUUGGCUGUUGUUGCUGUUUCAGCUGGAAUUAUGCCGGAUGGCUAUGGGAGUGACAGGUGCUGGUUGAAUUACAGAGACGACAGAGAAUUCACCUGGAGUUUUCUUGGUCCUGUGUGCUUCAUCCUUGGAACAAACACUGUCCUCUUCUUCAUCAUCAUCAUCCUCCUUCACACUACCCUGUCACGGAUGCAACAUGGCCCCACACACAAUAAACGAAUCAGGAUGUUGGUGUUUAAAACCCUGAUCCAGUCUUUUAUCGUUGGUUUGCCUUGGAUACUGGGAUUCUUCACUGAAAGCAGCCAGGCCGUGGCCAUGCUCUUCCUUGCACUCAACAGCCAACAGGGAACCUUCAUCUUCCUGCUACACUGUGUUCUCAAUGAGGAGGUGCGACAGCAGUUCUGGAGUUGCUGCUGCAGGAGAAUGAGAGAGAAGGAGACUGGCAAAGUGGUGUCCUCUACAAUGUAACUUAAAAUUUCCAUCCAUGUUCUCUUCAUUUAUGAGAGAGUACACUAUUAGUACACUUCCAUUGCAGUUCACAACAACUACACCAUUCCUUGUUUGAAAUCAUCAACUUACUUUCAUUCUCCUAUUCAUUUUUUGUGAUACUUUAUUAUGACCGUCGCGCAGCGAAGCGGCGGUCAUAUAGGUUUAGUCAGAUUUUUUUUUUCAUUCU